AGGUCGGCGGUUUGUUUCAUACUACUAUUUUCACAAGCAUGUUGUUAUGGUGCAACUUUUAGAAUGAGAAGCCCAAGACUCUUCUACCCUCGUUUUCUUUCACAUCACAAUUUCUACUCACCUACUACAACGCCAGUAAGUAAAGGCACCACACCAGAAAUACUUAAACCUAAUAAAGAGGAAGAUGUCCAAGCAGCAGAGAAAGGUGUUAAAGUUCCAUCACAUGAGUGUGUCAUUUCGUGGGACAAUUUCAAACAACAUAUUGAUGGGCGAGAUUUAGUAGACAUCUAUGGAAUAAACAAUGACGAUUCUGUUGUCCCAGGGACAUCUUUUAAGCUAUCUGCACUUUGGACUUCAGUAAAUGAUACAUAUGUCAGGAGAAGAGGAAGUACUUGGAAUACCGCUGCAAACCGAUGUGUAUUCCUUGAUGGGUUAUUCGCUCGAAUUGACAAUGCACGUGUCAUACUUAAGGGUCCUCUUGGAGACAAUAUGAUUGUGUACUUUGUGAGCUCUGAUCCAGAGAAAUUUGUCAUCAUUCACGUUUGCUUUGAAUCACAGAGAAUAGAAAACGGGAGAUGUCCAAGUACUCUUACACAUAUAAUGACCAAGGAUCAACGUGAUACUCCAACUAAUAACGAAGGUAUCCGAGAAGGACCAAUCAGGUUGAAUGACAUCCCUUGGUCCCAGAUUGAAGACGACCUCAAAAACUGUUUAGGACAAUUGUUUGUUGACGAUACACAGCCGCAGAUAUAUUACACGUGGAGAAAUUCAGCAUGCCCCGUACCAGGAACAGAUGCCUUUGAAAAAGGAGUUUCGGGAUAG